AUGGGGUCGUGCGGUUCUAUUUCUCAUGCCAAUUAUAUGGAACGAGGCGAAGGCAUUUCGAGCGGGGCUGAACGUGGCAAUGGAGCGGCGUUUUCUCGGCAGGCCGAGCUAGACGUGGACUUGCCUUUUGCAGACCACAAUCCCGGCGCCAAAAUGGCUCUUUUUCACUCCCAGUUGAAGUCCAAAAAACGGUCUUCGUCAGCGUUAGCAAUGCAACGGGUUCUUGGCGACCACGGCAGCAAAAUGAAGAAGAUAAACAACGAUAAGUUCUGGGGUAGCUUCACUGUGCCGCCAAGAAGGGGCUCAACGGGUGAGUGGAAAAAAGCAAGCUGUGGUGUACGAAGGAGGAUGAGCAGCAUCAUGAACGGGCUCGGAAAUCCAAUGAACAAUCUCUUGUGCAAGAAUGAGAAUGAGGAUAUGGAGGGCCACCUGCAGCGCAUCUUCGCACUCUUGGACACACAAGGGAAGCACAAAGUCUCGGAAGAGGCCCUUCUGCAGAGGUUAGGUGCGCAGUUCUCAAAACAAAGUAUGAAGGCAAUGUUCGCCGUCGCGGACGGCGAUAAGGAUGGAUAUUUGAAUUGGAACGAAUUUUCAAACUUCUUUCGCUACAUAGCGGGCACAGGUUGUGUUUUUGCCGAAAGCGCGGAUGUGUACUCUGCCUUGGAGUCCAAGUUGAAUCUUCGCGAAGCAGCAGCAAAGGUUUCAUUUUGGAGACAUCAAGACUUGUAUGAUGUCAGGAUUGUAAAUUUGCCAAGUCAGGCUGGUCGCAUUCAGUGCAUUGCAAUGGCGCCUGGUCUGGCUUUGUACGCCGUAAGCCACCUAGAUACCUCUGUUGCUCAUGUUUAUAAGUUAAACGGUGUGGAGGUUCUCCAUCUGACGGGACACUCGGAGUUUCUGCUAGGCAUCGCGUUUUCUCCAGAUAAAAAGUACCUUGCGACGGCGUCGCAGGAUUGGGCGCUAAACCUGUGGGAUUCAACGGUGGGUCAGGUGAUCACGUGUGUGCAACACGAGGGCGUGGUGACGGCUGUGGCCUUUUCCUACAACAGCCGGGUGCUAUACACCGGCUGCCAGGACAACGCUGUUCGCAGGCUUACCGUCCCAGAGGGGGGGCUCAAUGCCGUGCUGAAGGAGUUGCCCAACAGACAAGACGGGGCGAUUGUGGCCUUGGCUACCCAGCACACCAGGGAUGAAUGGGUAGUUUUUUCGCGGAGCUGUGACGAGUGCGCGUGUUUGGCCGACGCCCAACGCCUCUCUACCGUGAGGCGGUUGUAUGGGCACGAGGGUGUCGUGUGGCACGCACGGUUUAGCCCCGAUGAUUCUCUUAUUUUAACUGGAUGUGGAAGUAGGCUGAACAUCUGGGACGCCAACUCUGGCACGCUUGUCAUUACAUUUGAUAGUAAAAGAGUGAUUAACAGUAGAAGUGGCGGCUGCUUCACCUCGGCGGUUUUUUUCCCCAUGGAGUUUGGAAACAUGCUGAUUGUCUUCACCUCACUUAGACAGUUCUACAUUAUGCGGAUAGAGACUGGCGACAUUGUCCUGGAUAUGACGUUGCGGGCGCCUGUGUACGCCACAGCGAGCGAUUUUGCUGGUCGCAGUCUGGUGUGUGGGGACGUGUAUGGAAACGUUUAUAACAUACAGCUCUGCUGCUGA